UAAAAUCACAGCCAAAACACCUUCUUUAACCCCUCUCUUUUUCUCCUUCCUUUUCUCUGCUCUUUGCCAAUAGCCAAAGGCUCUCUUUUUCUUGGUCUCUUAUUCUGUCAAGUUUUAGUUUUUGGUUUCAAGAUUUUCUUGAAAUCUCCACCCAAAAUCUCUGAAAAAAAUACCAUGAAAGUGUCUUUUUGUUAAUUUUCUUCUUUUGUUAUCUGGCUGGGCUCUCAACAGGAGAAAUCUAGCCUUGAUAUAUAUUUACUAAGAAUUAAUCAUCAGUGGUUUUAUUAUUUUAGCUAAUCUUAAUGCUACCCCUAGUAUUUUUAAUCUUUGAAAUUCAUGUCUGCAAUUCUCAGUGAACUGUUUCUUUCGGGGUUUAUGAUAAAUUCCACAUAUAGGCGCAGGACCCAUUUGGUGCAAUCUUUCUCAGUUGUUUUCCUCUACUGGUUUUACUACAUUUCAUGAUUUUGCUCUUCUCCCCCUAAUUAAGUAUUUCUCUUAUAUAUUAACCCUCUUUAUAUAUUAUUAUAAAAUAAAUAAAAUCUUCAAUAUUUUUCCUAGUUAUCUGUUUCUAAGUCAAAAGCUCCAUUUGGGUCCUGCUAGUUUUUUAUUUUGUACUUUUAACUCUCUCUAAAUCUUGAAAAUAUUACUAUUGUUCUUGAAAAAAUUUGGUCAUGGCUUCAUCAAGUGGAACAUCAUCAGGAUCAUCAUUAUUUCUACAAAACUCAGGCUCAGAAGAAGAUCUUCAGCAAUUAAUGGAUCAAAGGAAGAGGAAGAGAAUGAUAUCAAACAGAGAAUCAGCUCGAAGAUCAAGGAUGAGAAAACAGAAGCAUUUGGAUGAUUUAAUGGCUCAAGUUGCAACAUUAAGAAAAGAAAAUAACCAGAUUUUGACAAGUAUGAAUGUUACCACACAACAUUAUCUUAAUGUUGAGGCUGAAAAUUCAAUCUUGAGAGCUCAAUUAGCUGAAUUAAACCACAGGCUUGAAUCACUCAAUGAAAUUAUUGCUUUCUUGGAUGCCAACAACAAUUGUAAUGGUUUUGCCAAUAUGGACCAUAAUCAAGAAGAGCCUUAUAGCUUCAAUUUUGCACAAAAUGAACCUAUGGUUGAUGGGUUCAACAUGACCAAUUCUUGGAAUUAUCUUUGUGCCAAUCAGCCUAUUAUGACUGCAGAUGUCUUGCAGUACUGAUUAGUCGGAUCAGUGAGUUUCGAAUAUUAGAUGGUUGAUAUGUCUUGCAGUACUGAUUAGGCGGACCAGCCAGUUCCGAAUAUCCGAAUAUGAGAUGGUUGGUUGAAGAGAAAAAGAAUUAAAAGAGAGAAUCUUUUUUAAGUAAUAGAUCUAAGAUAAAAAUAUGUAUCAAGUAGUAGAAGCAUUAGUACUUAUGUUAAGCUUUCUCUUUUAUCAAGUAGUGUUAAGAAUAAAUUCCUUUUGAGGGAAAUAAUAGUAGUAACUAUUGGAGUUCUUGUACAUGUGGGGUUUGUAAUCUCAUCUUUCAAGAACUUAUGUAGUUGUAUUUGGGAAGUUUGUUUCUCUAUUGAUGUAAUAUAAUAUAGUAAUAUUAUUAAUAACAUGCUCAAUAUUCUCCCAAGCUA